CCCUCCAUUACAAAAAUGUCCAAGCUCCUUCCUUUCUCCAUUUCUCUUUACGCUCCAACCGCCACAAUUCAACAUCUGUAUCUUAUCUCCAUCGUUUCCUGCAUCAUUCGAGCAUCACAAUGUCUUCAUUUUCUGUUCGUUUUCUUACACCACAAGUAUUGCCUUCCACCUCCUCUUACAGGUCCAAAACAUGUGUUUUUGCCACACCCCAGGUGGCUCAGGUGGCAGCUGCAGACUUGGAAGCGGCGAGGUUGGAGCCAAGGGUGGAGGAGAGAGAUGGGUAUUUCGUGUUGAAGGAGAAGUUUAGGGAAGGAAUUAAUCCUCAAGAGAAGGUGAAGAUUGAGAAAGAUCCUAUGAAGCUUUUCAUGGAAGGAGGGAUUGAGGUUCUUGCUAAGAUGUCACUUGAGGAAAUUGAGAAGGCUAAGGUGACAAAGGAUGACAUUGAUGUUAGACUCAAGUGGCUGGGGCUAUUUCACAGAAGAAAGCAUCAAUAUGGUCGAUUUAUGAUGAGGCUGAAGCUACCAAAUGGGGUAACAACAAGUGCACAGACACGCUACCUAGCAAGUGUGAUAAGGAAAUAUGGGAAGGAUGGGUGUGCAGAUGUGACAACCAGGCAAAACUGGCAAAUUCGUGGAGUGGUGUUGCCUGAUGUACCGGAAAUACUCAAGGGUCUUGAAGAAGUGGGAUUGACUAGCCUGCAGAGUGGCAUGGACAAUGUGAGAAACCCGGUUGGCAACCCUCUUGCUGGCAUUGACCCACAUGAGAUUGUUGAUACCCGACCUUACAACAACUUGUUAUCUCAGUUUAUCACUGCGAAUUCACAGGGCAAUCCUACCAUUACUAACUUACCAAGAAAGUGGAAUGUGUGUGUAGUGGGAUCUCAUGAUCUUUAUGAGCACCCCCACAUCAAUGAUCUUGCAUACAUGCCUGCCACAAAGGAUGGGCGUUUCGGAUUCAAUCUGCUUGUAGGUGGGUUCUUCAGCCCCAAGAGGUGUGCAGAGGCCAUCCCUCUUGAUGCCUGGGUACCCGCAGAUGAUGUAGUCACUGUGUGCAAAGCUGUUCUAGAAGCCUUUAGAGAUCUUGGCAACAGAGGAAACAGACAAAAAACAAGAAUGAUGUGGUUGAUUGAUGAACUAGGAAUAGAAGGAUUCAGGGCAGAAGUAGUGAAGAGAAUGCCCCAACAAGAGUUGGAGAGAGCCUCAUCUGAGGAACUAGUUCAAAAGCAAUGGGAAAGGAGGGACUCUCUUGGUGUCCACCCGCAGAAACAAGAGGGUUUUAGCUUUGUUGGUCUUCACAUUCCAGUUGGUAGAGUCCAAGCAGAUGACAUGGAUGAGCUAGCUCGGCUGGCUGACAUGUACGGUUCAGGUGAACUUAGGCUUACUGUGGAGCAAAACAUCAUAAUCCCAAACGUUGAGAACUCAAGACUAGAAGCCUUGCUCAAUGAGCCUUUACUUAAAGACAGGUUUUCACCAGCGCCAUCUCUUCUCAUGCAAGGAUUGGUGGCUUGCACUGGGAACCAGUUCUGUGGGCAAGCUAUUAUUGAGACAAAGGCCAGGGCUUUGAAGGUGACUGAGGAGGUGGAGAGGCUAGUGUCAGUGACACGGCCAGUGAGGAUGCAUUGGACAGGCUGCCCUAAUACCUGUGGACAGGUUCAGGUGGCUGACAUUGGAUUCAUGGGGUGCAUGGCUAGAGAUGAGAACAAGAUGCCCGUUGAAGGGGUAGAUGUGUUCUUGGGAGGGAGAAUUGGAAGUGACUCACAUUUGGGAGAAGUCUAUAAGAAGGGUGUCCCUUGUAAGAACCUAGCACCCUUAGUUGCUGACAUUUUGAUCAAACACUUUGGAGCUGUUCCUAGAGAGAGGGAAGAAGGAGAGGACUGAUGAAGUAGGAGAAAAAAGUUUAAUUCAUAUUGGUUUUUCUGUACAACUAUGUAGGGAAAGUAAAAGAAGCAGCGGAAGAUGACAAAGUGAAAAGCUUCGUUCUGAUUGUAACAUGAUAGAUUAAUGAAUAUAACAAGUAUUA